AUGGACUUCACCGCUGGACUUCAUUGCUGUGCCAGACUUCUCUCCUUCCCAUCCAAGACCUCCAUCCUUCCCAUCCCAGACCUCCAUCCUUCCCAUCCCAGACCUCCAUCCUUCCCAUGCCAGACCUCCAUCCUUCCCAUGCCAGACUUCCAUCCUUCCCAUGCCAGACUUCCAUCCUUCCCAUGCCAGACCUCCAUCCUUCCCAUUCCAGACCUCCAUCCUUCCCAUCACAGACUUCCAUCCUUCCCAUCCCAGACCUCCAUCCUUCCCAUGCCAGACUUCCAUCCUUCCCAUGCCAGACUUCCAUCCUUCCCAUGCCAGACUUCCAUCCUUCCCAUGCCAGACUUCCAUCCUUCCCAUCCAAGACCUCCAUCCUUCCCAUGCCAGACCUCCAUCCUUCCCAUACCAGACCUCCAUCCUUCCCAUACCAGACCUCCAUCCUUCCCAUGCCAGACCUCCAUCCUUCCCAUGCCAGACCUCCAUCCUUCCCAUGCCAGACCUCCACCCUUCCCGUCCAAGACCUCCAUCCUUCCCAUGCCAGACUUCCAUCCUUCCCAUGCCAGACCUCCAUCCUUCCCAUACCAGACCUCCAUCCAUCCCAUGCCAGACCUCCAUCCUUCCCAUCCAAGAUCUCCAUCCUUCCCAUCCAAGAUCUCCAUCCUUCCCAUGCCAGACUUCCAUCCUUCCCAUGCCAGACCUCCAUCCUUCCCAUGCCAGACCUCCAUCCUUCCCUUGUUAGACCUCCAUCCUUCCCAUACCAGACCUCCAUCCUUCCCAUACCAGACCUCCAUCCUUCCCAUGCCAGACCUCCAUCCUUCCCAUGCCAGACCUCCAUCCUUCCCAUACCAGACCUCCAUCCUUCCCAUGCCAGACCUCCAUCCUUCCCAUGCCAAACCUCCAUCCUUCCCAUGCCAGACUUCUCUCCUUUCCAUCCAAGACCUCCAUCCUUCCCAUGCCAGACCUCCAUCCUUCCCAUCACAGACUUCUAUCUUUCCCAUUCCAGGAUCAUUGCUGGACAUCACCACUGGGCUUUAUUGCUGGAUAUAA